GUUGAAGAGUUAAAGGAUCUAGAAAGGAAAAUGAAUGUGGGACUGGAGAAGCUGGCGGAGGCUUCUGAAUCAGUGGAUCAGCUAAGCAAAGAGUUGGUGGUCAAAGAAAAGGAUUUAGAGGUGGCUAACAAAGCUGCCGACAAGAUUGUAGCAGAAGUAGCUGUGAUGGCAGAAGCUGCCGAGAAAGUCAAGGCCUCUGUGCAGAAGGUUAAGGACAGAGCUCAGCAUAUUGUGGAUGAGAUUGCUGCAGACAAAGCUGUUGCCAUGAUCAAACUGGAGGCAGCAAAGCCUGCUCUUGAAGCAGCAGAGGAGGCUUUGAAGACAAUCAAAGCAUCUGAUAUUGCCACGGUGAAAAAACUGGGGAAGCCUCCACACUUAAUCACCAGGAUCAUGGACUGCUGUUUGAUCCUUUUCAGAAGGAGAGUUGAUUUUCUGGAACCUGACCCAGAAAGGCCAUGUCCCAAGCCAUCCUGGCAAGAGGCUAUGAAGCUUAUGGGGCAGAUGAGUUUUCUACAACAGUUGGUGGAUUUUCCUAAGGACACAAUUACUGGAGAAAUGGUGGAGUUAAUGGAGCCUUAUAUGCGGAUGGAAGAUUACACAUAUGAAUCUGCACUGAAG